AUGGCACCCAAGAGGGUGCAGAAUCGGCAGCUGAAACAGAAACCGGCAGCGGCGGUCCAGCUUCUGAAGCAACCCCGGCCCAAUCAGAUGCAAAAAGUCGAGAAUGCAAUGAAGAGCAUGAUGAAGUGGAUUUUGGCAACUGCGGCCGGCACCAUUGCCGCAGUGUGCCCUGAGAUUCACCCUCGCGGCCGCCUCAUCGUCGGCAGCGCCUGCUCUGGCAUAUCGGCAGAACUGAUGGCCCUGGACUGGCUCAACGUCAAGUAUGUUGCAUGUUUUGGGUGUGAGUGCGAAGAGCACUUGAGACGGCUCUCUGGUGACAUGCAUGGCUAUUGUCAGAUGUACGAUGAUGUUCGUUCUCUGAAUUAUUUGUCAUCUCCAACAUGCGAUCUGUUCGUUGCCGGCUUUCCAUGCCAGCCCUACAGUGCAGCUGGAAGUGGCCAAGGUGCUUCAGACAAGUCAUCAGGACAGAUCAUGAUGUCACUGGCCCGUUGGCUUUUUGUUCACAGGCCAAAGGCAUUUGUGCUUGAAAACGUUCCCGGCCUGCUUCACCGGCACCCAUCCACCUUGCUUCUUCUGAUUUCAGUCCUGCAAGCGCUGCGCAACCCCAAUGGCAGAAACAUGUACCAGGUGCAGCCUGCUCCGUUGGGCCGGUUUCUCCAAAACAAGCUGUCUGCAAAGACUGCUGCUGAACUUGGAAUUGACCGCCGCUCCCUCAACAAGACUGAGCGCCUGAACUUGAGUGCUGUUCUUCAGAGCCUCAAGGGGGUCGACCUGGCCAAGGAGAAGUGGGUGGCUGACAUCAGCGGAUCGAAGGCUCACAAGAUGAAGGGCAUAUCUCCUACUCUUACGAAAUCACGUGCCCAAUCAAAAGGUUUUUGGCUCACUUGGCUGAACCGUAAGAUGACGACCGAGGAAAUUUUGAAACUGCAGGGAAUCGAUCCCGACAUCAUUCCUCCCGGGGUUGUCUCUGAGAGGCAGGUCAGGGGAGCAGCUGGUAACAGCAUCCCAAUCCCUCUUUUGGCCCGUUUGCUCAAGCAAGUCUUGACUGCAAUGGGGCAUGACGUCUAA